CUAUCUUCCCCUUUACAAAAAAAAGGACCGAGCAGCCACCCCACCUCUCGGAUUCUCUCGCAAUAGGGAGGGACUUCACUCUCAUCUGGAAAUACACACAAUUCUCACCUCUCUCUUGGAUUCAUGGAUACACACACAUAGAAAACUGGGAUUUCGAACAAGAUUUGGGGAGUAAUUGAUUACUGAAUUUUCAAAGUUCUAUUUCCUCUUCCUUGGAUCUAUAAAAGGUUGUGUGAAUCUCGCAUUUUGUGGCUGUUUGUUACUGUUUCUGUACCGGAAAAUGUUCAUGUUGCUCUGUUUAGCUAAAAAAUCUGGAAAAAAAUUGAAAAUUCAUGAGCAGCUGAGAAAGGUUUCUGCAAUUCAAAAUUUCUAGCUAAAGUCUGAGCUUCAUAUCACUUGUUAUCUUCUGCAUUCAGAUUCACUUUCGUCUUAAGGCUCUCUGAGUACACAACCGUAAGUUUUACACUUCCCUCUGUAACAGAGUUAAAACCAAGAAAGACAAUGGCUUCAAAGCCAUUACCUACUCGUUCAACCUUUAUUGAUAAACCUGUAGUUCCGGGUGAUGUGAUUUUGGAUCUUUCUAAGUUGACUGACCAAACCAUUAAGCUGGGUGGGGGUCUCCAACAGGACCAUGACGCUAUAACUGUGGUCAAAGCUGGUACUUUGAGGUUUUCAAAGCCAAACAAAUACUGGAUUGAAAGCUCACACAA